UAAGCGGUUUGUUGCCGUUGCGAUUGUUUAAUCUUUAGUUCACUACUUGAAGUGGUAAUCGACUGACCUUUAUCGCAGCCGACACACCGGAUUUUAGUACCAUGGAGUUGCAAAACAUUCUGCGGGCCCAUGAAUCCAACCGUCUGGACGAGUUUAUAAGCGCCAAGGGAAUGGUGACAAUCGAAGGCUGCUGGGAUGAUCUUAUUCAAUGCACAUACGAGCGAAAGCAAAAUCUUGUGAAGACGCUAAUCGAAAAGGGCAUCGAUUGCGAUCUGCGCAAUGAUAAAAAUUUAACUCCAACAGAGCAUGCGCUAGCUUUGGGUGAUCGUAAAUUGGUUCGACUUAUGCUCGACGCCGAAGCCAAUCGUUUUCCGCAGAUUCAACGGAUGGUGUACAGACUGAUAAGACGUGGCAGCGCUGAACUGUUGACAAUAUUUUUCGAACUGAAACAAACGAAGGAAAUUGAUAAAUUUACUUCAAUUUCCUAUGCAAUGGAAGAAUUACACGUGAAAAGGGUUCCGCUUAAACCGGAAAUGGAAGUCUAUUGUUUGAAAAAUCAACUACUGGUAUGCUACAGCAGCACGGAUAGGGCGGUGCCUAAUGAAGAUCAACGAAUUAUCAGCAUUCGGGAGCGGUUGGGAAUAAUAUUAAGAGAAAUUACAUUUCUUACCGGCAAUCUUGAAAACGACCUCGUCGAUGUCGAGAGUCUACUUGCGCUAGAUAUCAUUUCCGAUAACCUGUACAUAAUUGAUGUACUGUGGCCCAAGGAAGGACUGCGUCGGCUCGGGCCACGUUGGAUGUGGGACAAACUGCAUACAAGAGAGAUAGUUUACUGUAUCUACGUAUUCAAUAAAGUGCAAAACAAAAUACGUAAAUGCUUAUUCGAGUAUUGCGUGCUUCUUGUUGAUAAUCAAUUCAUACUAGCAAUACUGAAAAUGCUUUCAGUUGAGCUCACUGCUUUAAAGACAACCAAGGAACGGCACCGGAUCGAAGGUCUCACUUUGGAAGAGGAUCUUCUUCAAUUUAUUAGACGCAAUGAUAUUUACGCUGCUUGGAAACGUAAAUAUCCCGAGAAAAUAACUCCCACAAUAGUUAAACAGAAAAGGAAGGGGAAAAACUGCGCACCCAAACUAACCGUGAAACAGUUCAACUAUCUACAAUUCCUUCUUUCGAAUGUGUACUCGAUUGGGCAAAUCCAGGAACAAUGGACCAAGCUACAUCCAACUGUAAGACUUAGUAAAAAGGCGAUUCUUUGGGCUAUUGAAACCGUUCGAUAUGGACAACGAACCAGAACGAAGCCUUUUAGUGAAUUCAUGCCGCCAAAAUCACGUCGUGUGAUAAAACUGUUAGUACGACGUUAUCAGGUUUUGAAAACUAAUUUUUCUUUGGAGAAAAUGAUCCUUACCGUAGACGUAAUGAAAGAUCUUCAUUUGACGGAGGAAUACGUGAAUCGGGUGGGUUUUGCAGCUUUUAGAGGAGCAUUGCAGUUAAUUGGAGAGUACAGCAAAGGCACUGCUGAAACUCCUAAUCUAGAAGGAAGGCUUCAUAGCCAGCUUACUGGGCUGAACUCGCGUAUGAUAAAUAAGAUGUAUGAGCAGCAAAGAAAUAUUUAUUCUCAUGGUCUAUCGUUAGCUGAAAUAAAUUUCCGAAAACGUUGCGACCGCGGUGAACUAAGCAAUGUGCGUUUAGCAUAUUGUAGAGCUGUUCAAAAAGAUUUACGCAAAAGUGGCGACCAAUUCCGAUCGGUUUAUGAGUGGGUUUUCACGAAGGCUCUGCGAGCAUGUUGCAGUCGUGUUAUGUGUUUCAAGUCAGUUCAACAGUGCCACGCGUAUUAUGGACUGGCGUGUGAACUGUUACCCGCGACAAUCAAAGGUGUUAAUGGUUGUUUCCCGUUUACCGAAAUACACAUUCUUUUAGAACGUCUAAGAUAUUAUGAACAUCUGACAGAAGUUCGAUUCCUGCUUCGUGCAAUAGAACAACAUAUAAAGAAUGCGCAAGAGGAAGAUCACAAACAUAGGACACGAAUUUUGCAAUACCAGAAUAGGAUGGUUUCUACUAUUAAAAGCUUUGCAGUUUCGAAAAAUCUUGAAACUAUGAGACGAAUAUUUAUUCACUAUGAUACAAAUCACUCUUGGAAUUACUAUUCAACCGAGGCUGUUAAGCAACUGAGAGAAGCAAAUAAAAAAGUAGUGCAAGUUAUCCAACUGAAGAUUUCACUUGAAGUCAAUGAAAUUCUGUUCGAGUUGAACAGUUGUUUAGCUCGCAAGGAAGACCGGCGAAAUGAUUUGAAUAAAUUCAAAAUUUAUCAGUUUGUUCCGUACGAAGAUGAGUUAUAUACAGAAAAACUUCUGGCUGGUUUGAAUAUACAUUUGGAAAUGAAAAAGUUUUACCGUAUCCAUUCUGAAUUAAACCGUCGGGUAUACAAUCCAGCGUCCAGUAGAAAUGAAGCCGGCCUGUUCGAUGUGAAGAAGAAACUUAAAAUACUUAAAAAAGUGCUCAAUGAACAAUCUAUAUCAUUUGAAACAAGCGCAGUCGACCGUCUUCAAAAAACUGAAACUCGUAAAUUUCAACUAUUGUUCGAAGAAAGGAUUCAAGCUCUUUAUGACUUGGUUAACACAAAACCACUGCCAGACGAAAAGCUGGAAGCUACUCGUUGUUUAGCCAUCAAAAUGGGUUUACUAGAGAUUUGUGGAAUCUUAUCUCAUACUAAAGCAUUUCAGUUACAGUUAGAAUAUUUAAACAGUCCCGCCCCAAUGCCGGUUGGAAAAUUGUUUCGAAACAUAUUGGCACAUGAUGUUGCCGUCGGUGGAUCGUCAGUUAUAUGUCCGGUAGAAACGACCAACGUUACAGUACAAGUGCUGUUUGAAUUGCGAUAUGAAAUUCUAAACACCGAUAGAAAAUAUGCAGCCUUACCAAUCUUUGGACCGUGUGCACAAAAAUACGAACGUCGGAAGCGAUAUCUAAGGGAACAAAAACUUCCAGCUGUAAAAGAUGUGAAAAACUUUCUAAAGCAAUGUGAUCCUCAAUUUGACAUUUAUGGAUUUUUUAGACUUUCUUGGCCUGGAAGUCAAUACGCAUUGCAUAGCGUAUUAGACGUUCUAAUCUAUAAUUAUCCAGACGAAGCAAUCGCAUUCGUUGAGGAGCACUUGCAUGCCAAACCACAUAUUUGUACAUCGAACGAACUGUUUAUUUUUUAUCACUUGUGGAAACGUUUAAAGUACAGUGAGUUAUUAGGAUGUUAUCCUGAACGCUUAGUACAACUUUUUUCCUUGCUUGGAUAUACAUGCGCUUUUGAAUAUGAAUCCAUUGCUCUCAAAGAUUCGCUAUCAAACCGUAUGCCUCAGAAAGGUUUCAAGGAUGAUGGAUAUGAUCCGAUUGACCAGAUUGAAAAAAUGCUCCACUUUUGCAUGCUAACGGGAAAAUUCGACAAGUUUACAACAUUUUUCAAUUGCUAUGGAAAGUGUUUUGAUUUUCUUUCUAAAAGCAAUUUUUCACAUCCACAUUUUAUAAAACAAUUACAUAAAAUUCUUCCAUGGGAGUCUGUUGAUGACUCCGGCAGAAAUUUGUUACAUAUGCUUUGUUCUGCAAAUAACGUCGAUGCAAUUCGCGAUGCCUUGAAAAAUAAAGACGCUAAAAGGCUUACGAACAAAAAAUGUCUAGAUGGACUGAAUCCUCUGCAACUGGCAGCAAUGCAGGGUUUCUUUGAUGUGGUUGAAAUAUUUUUAACCCACAAUAAGUCUACUUCAGAAGACCAGAUUACUCUCAACAUGGUGAUAUCAUGUCAUCGCAAUGACCUUCUGUACCAUUUUACGCCUCAAUUUAAAAAUGGUUCGUCACUUACAAAAGUCAAAUAUAUCAUUGGCAGCAGUGGAAACAUAGAUGCAUUACGUUAUCUUAUGAAAAUAAUUUCGCCAAAAGCAUUUCAAAGCAUGAUACAAAGCACUGCUGACGAAUCACUUUUGUCCUUUCUAAUAACCUUUAGUACCAAAACGUGCGUGGUCAGCGAAUUUCUUGCCAUACCGGCAAUUUCGCAAACCAUCAUCAAAUCGACCGGAACAAAUCCACUUUGUUUAGUUAUUGGAAGAGGAAGAUUCAAGAACGUCGGUUUAUUAUUGAAACAUGGAGCUGUAGUAACUUUUGAGGUCAUAAGAGCGUCAGUACUGUCCAACAGCUAUCGGCAAACCAAAAAACUCUACAAAGAAACUAAAAUGACAUUAAGUAAUAGUGAACUGAUAUCUUUAAUUACCAUGAUUAUAACAGAAAACAUCGAUGAGAAAAUAUUAAAGUUUUUCGUUAAAAUGCUAACAACACAAGAGGUGCCUUACCAGUGGUUAGAAAUCGCUAUUCAGCGUCACGUUUAUAAGUACAUUAUAUUUCUAUGCGAAACUUUCCCCUCCAUGCUUCAGAAUUAUCAGCAGAAUGCGCAAGCCCAGCCAUUAGUUGUGGCACUCCGCAUGACGGAACGAUGGGACUCCUUUGCCAAAGAUAAAUCAAUUAUCAAGUACCUUAUGGAACGUACUUCGGAUCUUACUGUGAUUCUACUGGAGGCUGUCCGGAUUUGCGAUUUAGAUAUAAUUCGUUAUCUGCUGGAGAGCAAAAGUGCUCCGUUAGAGAGCAUACGCGAGGGAUUCACAGCUUUAGCUCAUGUCGCUUAUUUGUACACAACUCAAAGGCAAAAGUACAGUGACGAUGUCUUAAAAAUGCUUCUUGAGCGUGGCGCUGAUGUUCAAUUUUUGUUGGACCAUAAACCAGAAUAUCUCGGGAACCUGCAUCUGAUGGAAAUGAUACUUGAGUAUACAGCUUUUGACCCAUGUAAGGCACAUCCAAAAGUGUCUUUUCUUCAUAAUGCUUGUGCUACUGGAAGCUUACGAUUGGUUAAACUUCUUGUUGAACGAUAUAAGGUCAACAUCAAGCAGACGCAUUACACACUGAUAUCACCCCAUAUUAUGGAUGCACUCCCACUAAUGGUGUGCGCAUUAAAUGAUUCAUUUGAAGUCAUGCGAUAUUUAAUGCCUAGAAUUAAAGAUCCCGGACAUAUCGAAACGAGUAUAGUUCGCGCGAUAGCAGCAGGAAAGGUAGAGGCGAUCAAACUACUGUUACAGCAUUGUCCUUUGUACAAAACAGUACAACCUCUUAAUGUCAUAACUGUGAUGGCUUACGAUUUGAAGCAAUUGCAUGUUUUUAUCUAUUUGCACUCCAUCUUACUACGAACUAUUGAGACGCGUUAGUCAAAGAUCAAGAAAAGACUAUGAACGAAUGAUAAAAAAAUAACGAAAAAAUAUUGGGG